AUGGCUAGGAAACUUCGUGCGGCUGCUCAAGCAGCUGCGCAAUCAAUGCGGAAUGCCGCCCCUCCGCUCCCCGACGUCUCGGACGAGGAGAUGAUUGAAGCACCCCCAUCGCGUGGAUCGUCGCCAGCGAUGGAAGAUCCAGGUGAUGCUUCCGAUAAGGAUCCUGAGGCGGAAGCCCAGGCAGAACCCAGCCAGGAGGAAGAGGCAGCCGCAACGCCCGCCCAGGAUUCGAACCCUCCAUCGCGCGGCGACACUCCUACACGCAUGGGUGGCCGCAUGUCAGCCAUCCCACGAAAGCGCCGCAUAGGUCGUCCCCCGAAGAACCGUCCCCCAGACUGGGAUGCGCCUGAUGACGGCGCCCCUCAGACCCCGAUUCAUACAUCCACGCCGGUCAAGCGAAGGCGCGGUCGUCCCGCUGCUAGUGGUGGUAGGUGGGCACGUAACCGGGGCCCGUCGCAUGUUACCCAGGUUCCGAUCGACAAGGAGGGCAACAUGAUGGAUGUUAUCGACGACGAAGUUGCUCUCCCAGACGACCCCGAGGGCGAGACAAAGGUGGACAAGAACGGCAACCUGCUGGGCGACCGAGAAUAUAGGGUCCGUGUGUUUACGAUUCUCAACCGUGGUGAUCGCAAAUACAUGUUGUCUACUGAGCCUGCGCGAUGCAUUGGUUUCAGGGACUCGUACCUGUUUUUCCAGAAGCACAAACUCCUCUAUAAGAUUAUCAUCGACGACGAGGCGAAACGCGAUCUCAUCGAACGAGAAAUUAUCCCCCACUCUUACAAAGGCCGAGCUAUCGGUGUUGUCACCGCUCGAUCUGUCUUUCGGGAAUUCGGUGCAAAGAUUAUUGUUGGUGGAAAGAAGGUCACCGAUGAUUACCAUACCCAGGCCGCGAGGGAGCGUGGAGAUGUCGAGGGCGAACUUGCCGUCCCGGAAGAUAAGCUCCCUGCCCCAGGCGAGCCUUACAACAAGAAUCAAUACGUGGCCUGGCACGGUGCCAGUAGUGUCUAUCACACCAGCGCUCCGUCAGUGCCGUUGCCCACCGGAAAGGCGGUGGAUUCGAAGAAACGUAAGGUUACAGUUACUGGUGAUAACUGGAUGCUCGAACAUGCCCGAGAGGCGAGCAACUUUAACUCACUCAUAUCUCUUGCGCGCCGCGAAAACCUUGAAGGACAGUAUGACAUCCACACCAACGUCAUGCAGUACCCCAAGAUUAUGCAACCGACGCACGCCCGCUGGGAGCGUCUGCCUCCCUCCGACCCUCGAGUUGCAACCAAAUUAGCUCAGGGCAUGUCUACCCUGAGCCUGACGAACGGCACCAGCGAAGCAGAGUCAGCUGCUGUUGGCAGGGAAGCCAACGAACCCAGCGACAGCCAACCUGAACAGCCAAUCACCGAAUCCACCCUCUUCUCCUCAGUUCCAGCUGCGCUGUCCCGCCGAUUCGCCAUCCAUGAUAUCCAGUUCGAAUCUUCGCCGUAUUCCAACCUGGGCGUUCCCGGCCCAGACGGCGAUGUGCACGAUCUCGGCUCCAAUGGCCUAAUCAGUGUCGCUGACUCCGCUAAUCCCGAGUUCACGAGCCCCGAAAUCCUGGAGGAACUUCCUCCCGAGUGCAAGGAAGCCCUCAUCGAGGCGGCUGCGCAAGAGUGGAAAUGGAAAUCCAAGUGGUGUCACGAAGCGAACGACGGGGCUCGCGCCAAAUUACUCAAGAGUUACGCCUGGUUUCCAUGA